CCACCGCCUGGGCGAUGCAUGUGGCAAGUAUUGACGAUGAAACGGAGUUCAGUUAAAGAGUUUUCGUAUUUUUUAAAUCGCGUACGCUCCCGAGUUUAUUUUGUGAUUUUGUGUUAGGGUCAUGCUUCGAUUACCAAAAAGACUAUCAGCAUCUUGUUAUUGAAUAAUUGGACGGCAGCUUGCCAGGAACAAUGGUGGAUAAUAAUUGUAUAAUCGAAGGAAAUGUCAAGUUCAGGGAUGGCAAGAAGUGGAAGUCGCGAUGGUGUGUCAUGAGAAAAUUAUCUCCAGUAGCAGAUUGCUUGCAUCUGCAGCUUUAUGGAGAUAGUAAAGACAGAUUCAAACAGGGUCAGACAAAAGCCUCGUUAAGCUUGCAACAUUUUCUUGGGGUACAAAGUGGAUUCACUAUUGAUAAGGAAUCAAAUACCAUUGCCAUAAUAUGUCAAGAUGUAAAUGUAGUCCUUGCGUUCGACACAAGGGAAAGACUGAUCCAAUGGCAGGUUAAAAUAUCAAAUAACUUAGGCGAAGAUCGCCAGUUUUUGGUUCUAAUAUCUACUGCUCCAUCGAAAGCAAAACUAAAUAAUGGUCCAGCAUACUUUCACGUGCAAGACGACAGAUUCUGCCUCACAGUUGGAAUUCCACCUAGACUUGUGGGUAUUUGGGAGAUUGCCCAUCUUCGUCGAUACGGAGUCAUCGAAGGAAGGUUUUGUUUCGAAGGAGGUUCCAGGUGCGGUCGAGGAGAAGGUCUUCAUGUUUUCAUCACAGAUCAGGGCAAUGAGAUAGUAAAGACGUUGCAGCUAGCGGCCCAAGGCAAAUUGACAACUCGAAAAUGGCCUUUAGGAGGUGGGCAAACUUUACAAGAGAGUCCUCAUCGUCAGUUUCCCCGAUGUGAAACGAGAGCUAGUGACUUAUUUCCAUCUGCUAUCUACUCCUCGAUUCGAUAUGAAGAAAGCUGUGAAUCCUGCAAGAAUGGGAAAUCGCCCUAUUGGUCUUCUACUGAAAGUCGACAGGAAGCGGAAUUGGAAGAAGAUUACAGUUGUCGGGACUCAGAUUUCACUUCGGAGUUCAUCAAUCGACCAGGUGAUUGGCGUAGUUGCUCGCUUUCUCGGCACGGUAACCUGGGCCUGGAAAGGUGUGCGAGUUGUAUUGGAAAACUUGGAACAAUAUCAAAGUCUACAACUUGUGGCAUGACUGCGGAUGCGUCAACGAUAUCCAGUUCUGCAGUACAAACGAGCAAUUCGAGAUAUUUAUCUCUUAAAGCCUUCGACGGUGUAUCACUCUCUUCAUAUAGUAGUAGCAGUCAUGAGAGUGAUUACUCUGGAUCACAUAAAGAUACAGUUUCUCAACACAUGGAGUGCAACUACUUACAGCCAAACCUAGGAAAGGCUCAAUCCGUUCGCCUUCCCUCGCCGAGUCGUAAAGUUAUGCCCCGAAGACCACCGAAACCGAAACCUCCACCUGGCAAUAUCUCCAAGACAAAAAAGCUGCCGAUGCCACUGCCAAAUACAGAAGAGGCAUGCAUUAUUCCUCAAAAGCAGUUCUCGUAUCAUCAAAGCGAUUCUUCUAUUGGUGCUUACAAUAAUUACGAUGUGCCGAAGUCCAUUCUCGUUCACCGUAUGACUUCGGAGCAAUUAGAAUUUCAUACCGAUCCAUAUUACGAUACACCCAGGAAAAUUAAGGAGUGUAUUGCACUACCCAAUGAAUAUCCGAACUAUGAUACGCCACACAUGUCCCAAGCCGUGGUUUUACAGCAGUGUGGUUGUCCGACGAAACUGGCACAGAUACCUCGAUCCUAUGUCUGUCCCUGUCAGAACCUUCUGAACUGGGCAGGCUUCGUACUACCUUAUUGUCGUCGAGGUGCUGGCAUUGAACCUACCGGUGUCACCGUUCAACCCAUCGGUUUUUCAGAGGAAGGUAAAAUGCCCAUCAUCAACGCUAGUGGAGAAAUUAAAAUCUACCCCAAAAAUCUAAAUGGUUGCAAGGUCAACCACAAUGAAGAAACUGAUUUCACUGUAAGGAACGCGAGUGCCAGUUACGAAAAUAUCGAACCAAUAAUCAACACUCAUCCAGACGCUAAACAUCUUGACUACGUUAAUAUUGACUUUACAAAGUCUUUGGAGAACUACGAAAACAGCAAGAAAAUGUUGUCAAGAACUGAAAUCUCGCAGCGAGAGAUGGAGAAGCUUAUUGACGAAUUGCAAGAUACUGUUUUAAGUUGUGAUAUUGAAGAGAGCGGCAAGGCUGGCCAGAAGUGUAGAAAAUCAGAGAAGAGAGAAGCUGAUUAUCUUAUCAUGGACGUCAAGAAUCAAGUCACUAGAAAGCCCAUUCUAGGCUAUUUGCCGAUGCAACCCGCGCACAUUGCCUGUUCCAAGGAAAUUUUGUUCCGACUCUGUAGCGGUGUCAAAAGUUCUAGCAAUCCUACUUUGUCGAGGUCAUACCCGCUCAAAGAAAGUAGAAAGAAAUCCGAGAUUGAGUAUCAAUUCCCGGAUCCCCCAAUAUUAUCUAGUCCAUAUCUCAGACGACGUUUAGUCAAUGGAGAUGACAAUAAUAAAACGAGUACUCUGCUACGGAAGAGAUCCUACUCAGCUGAAUCAGCACGUUAUAAGGCUAAAGAGAUACCUUCAUUCCCAUCAAAUUUGACAAUAUAUAAGAGUCCGAGCGGCAUGGGCAAGGAAGCACUGCUUAAAGAAAGGGAAAUUUUGCAGUGGAAAGUAAACGAUAUGUCUCUAAUAUCCCAGAAGCAAUCAUCUUCAUCAUGUUCUCCGGGAUCAUGCAUCAGGAUUCGAAGAUCCUCUUCGGUUCCCUCAAAGACAGGACAUAAUCGAGAUUCAUCGAGCAGCAAUGAUUCAGGCGUUUCCACGGGGUCUCUCACACAUAUAACAUCAGAAUUUGUUGAAUUUGAACACACAGUAGUGCCAACUUCUCAAACGUUGAAGAAAAAAUCAAAUGGUUUGAUGGCGUAUCACAAAAUUAUAAAACCGGUCUGUUUUCAUAACAGUCUACCAAGGAAGUCCAAGUGUAGCGAUCCGUUAAGGGAAAUAACUUUCCAGUUUCAGAAGAUUAUGAUCCCUAUUAAGUCUUCCUCAGCAGGGGCAGGUAUUCCUUCUUGCUUACCGAAGCAAAUCAAAGAAUUGGCAAGGCCUAAUGAAGUUUUCAGUGCUACGUGCCCUGAUUCACGCAGCACAAGCAGUGGAACAUCUGACAUGUCCGAUUAUAUUGAGACAUUGUCCAUUUCGUCUCAGUCAUCGUCUGAUGCAGCGGAUAGUUUUAGACUCGGAGGCAGGGUUGUGACUACUACAUUGCGCCCACGCAGUGGCAAAGAAUAUCACAAAAUUGAUCGAAGUAUCUUGGUGGAUUCUAGGCGAAGCAUAAAUUCGCCAUCACAUAACUAUGCUAAUAUCACCACAGUCAUUGAAAAAAGCGAAUCGCCAUCGCCAGGUUACAUGAGAUGUUCACCAUUUCAGCGAUAGCCGUUGACUCGUGAACAUUUCCUGUUUACAAGGAAAAUUGAAUAUGACAAUUCAAGUGCAGAAGAGAGUCCAGCCUCCAAAGAUCCUUGGAACUUCAAUCACAAUGUAUAGGAGGGUAACUAUAAAGUUAGUCUCCCUAGCGGAAAUAGCGGGAAUUAUUAUGACUAUUUACGCUAUACGCGGAUAUCUAGUAAAGGCGAAAUGGAUAUUUUUUGACAAAUCUACAAAGCCGUCCUACCAUUUUUUACUAUUUCUAUCUGCACACGUAGAGUUAGUGUCUUAAAGUCUUUUUCUAAUUCAAAAUUACACCACAUUUUUACCAGUCUUGCCGCAUAGAUCUUAAGAACUCAGUCAAUCACCUGGAGCACCUAGAAUCUAGCGUAUAGUCGAAAUAAAGUCAAUAAUCAACCACUUCCUACAACGAUUUCAACCAUUUAUAAAAUAUGCUCAAUACAAAUUAUACAAUAAUAUAAUAUUGUAUCAUAGGAAUCCUAUUCUAGGAUAAAGUACACAUAUUCUUCAUGUUGUAGCGUGAGUAAAUCUCUUUACGAGUAUAAUUUAUUUUAUACACUAAAAUUUUUGUACUUCAUAUUUUGUAUAAAAUGUUGACUGCCGACAUUUCUCGCAAGUAUACAUCUCCAGGUAAAAGAGAAUAGUUGCAGGAAAAAAAUAUUUCCUAAGUAUCAACUUGAUUUACCUUAUUUCUAUCAGUAUUAAUUAAUCUGACUAAAAAUAUUUUUAGUAGAAGUGGAAGAUAAUUAAAGAUAAAAAUUGAAUAAAAUAAUUUAAAAAAAGGACACAAAUCACAAAUAUUUGUUUCUAUCCCUGCAUCAAGCAUGGCAUCAUUAAAUUCCAUCAUAAUUAUGGAAGGCUUUUGCAGUUAGUUAAAAAAGUUUAAAGUAUACCAGCUUAGAAAGCUAUAACACUAGGUUCAAGUAAAUUAUUUUCUUUACAUUUAUCUGAAAGUUAUAUAAUAACUCUAAAACUUUUCUCAAAAGUAUUCUCAUCUUUGAUACAUACCAUUAUAAAUUUCAAAAUACACGAAACUAUAACCCUUCGACUACAUUGAAAAUGCGAGGGUUUUUUGGGAAAUAUACAAAUAUACGCUCAUAAAAAGGUUGUCAAGAAUUCUUUCGAAAUUCUAGAAAGAUUCUUCAAAAGCAUUCUUCAAAAUUGUUAUUGAUGAACUGUGAGCGUAAAUUCUAGUAGUAAAAUUCAUAAAGUUGAGAGAUAUUUUUUAAUGAAGUAUAAUUCGUAAUAUUUCGCUUUUGUUUUUCACGCAGUAGCUCUCAAGCUAGAAAAACAUUAUGAGGUUUUGUUACAAGUUUCGGAAAUCUUUUUAGUAUGGAAAGGAAAAAAAUAGUUUUUUUCUGUAUUAAGAAACAAUGAUCUAUACAAAUCUAUUUAUAGUGAAAUGAAGCGCAAUAAUAUUGAGAAUAUACAUAGAUGCGUUUUAUGAAGCAAUUAAGUUUUUCACUGAAAUUAUGUUUACGUUUUUAUGAUCGUUAUAAUAAUCAUGGAUGGAGAUUUUUUAAAUUACUCUUUCAUUGCCUUUACAGAAGUGAUAAUUUUACAAAUUAAUCAAAUUUGCAAAAACUAGCAUCUUUUAACAGAAGUGAAUAAUGUUUCAGUUCUUGAAUUCUUUUUGAAAACUUUGAAUUGGAUUAUCCUAACGUAAUCUUACUCUGUGAGAAAAAGCAUUUCGGUAUAUAAAGUCUAGAAAAAAAUAAGAUUUUAUUUAAAAUUGGAAACGUUUCAAACUCGACGCUGUUUCUUAUCAAAUAUAUUAAGAAAUUGUAAUAUAAAAAUGUUUAAAACCGGAAAGAAAUAAAAUCCAGAUGAAGUAAAACCAUGAAAAUGAUAGAAAAAUAUUUAUUUUAAGCGUAGUAUGUAGUUAUAAAAAAUACUUGUUAUAAACAAUUGCUUACCUAAAAACUCUUUAAGAUGACGAAUGAAAGUGGUAUGGACUUCCGUUUGUAUAUAAAUGAUAAAGUUUACAAUAUUUGGAUUUGACCGACUCAUCAACAAUGUGAAUCAUUAUAUACUUGUUCAGAUGAAUAAUAUCAUCUGUAGCAUGCAUUCGCAUCAUAAUGUUUACCUAUGUUAACAUUAAAAUAACUAUGUAAAUGAAAAGGGUAAAAGAUAUUAAAACAUAUUGGUUGCUGAUUGGUAAAGAAAAUUUGUUUUGAGGGUAGGU